AGGGACCGAGCGGGCCAGUGCGUUAAUGAGCUGGCGGUGUGGAGGAGAAGGCAGGGCGACGCGGCUAAGAGGGGAUCGCGCGUUAAAGCGCUCGGGGCGAAGUUUGCAACGAAGCCUGGUGCGCGGAGCCUCUCUCCCCUAAACAAGGGCACAGAGCGGGCACCCUGGUCCUCUGUAGAAGGACACCCCCCCUACUCCUCGUUCUCCCUCUCUCCCUGACUCUCAGUCUUAACAAGGGUCUGGACCCGAAACGACACCCAUUGCUUCUCUCCAGAGAUGCUGCCUGUCCCGCUGAGUUACCCCAGCCUCUGGUGCCGAUCUCCGGGGAGAAUGCUGCUGGCUGGCAUAGUGCUGUGCUGCUGCUGCUGCUUGCAGGUGGUGAGGGGCCGAGCGGUCGGGCAGGGCUGCCCGGAGGUGUGUGAGCUGUCCCGGUGCCCCCCUGCCUCGGGCAACUGCAGCCAGGGCCAGGCGCUGGACGGAUGCGGCUGUUGCCCCGUGUGCGCCGCGGCCGAGGGCCAGAGCUGCGGCGGGAGGCACGGCCAGUGCGCCCCGGCUUUCCAGUGCCUGCACCCCGCCGGCAAACGCAAGCGGGGCACCUGCGGCUGCCCGCAGCCCGGGCCCGUGUGUGGCAGCGAUGGCCGCACAUACUCGUCCGUCUGCAACCUGAAGGCGUCAAGCAGCGGGCAGAUGGACUCCAACGCACUGCCCCACCGGCCCUGA